AUGGGUGCUCCUAAGCAGAAAUGGACUGCAGAAGAAGAAGCUGCUUUGAAAGCUGGAGUAGUCAAACAUGGGGCAGGAAAAUGGCGCACCAUACUUACAGAUCCUGAAUUUAGUGCUAUUUUGCGCAUGCGUUCAAACGUAGAUCUUAAGGAUAAAUGGAGGAAUAUAAAUGUCACAGCAAUAUGGGGAUCCCGGCAGAAGGCAAAACUUGCUCUUAAGAGGAGCCUACCUGCCCCCAAAAUUGACAAUAACCAUAUGGCUUUAAGUACUGUCGUUCAUCAUGAUGAAGUUCUUGAUACUAAGCCUUUAGCAGUUUCUGGUGGAUCAUUGCAAUCUCCUAGUUUUAAAGAACAAAUAUCAAGGUUGGUGGAUAAUCAUAUAUUGGAGGCCAUUGUCAACAUGAAGGAGCAAAAGGGUUCUGACAAAGGUGCCAUUAUUUCUUACAUGGAG